AUGCAUUAUCUGGACUUCGACACACUCCUCGCGCUCCGACAGACGUGUCGUGCAAUGUACUCACUUCUAACCCCGGACAUUGUCCGGCGCGUGAGAUCUAGCUUUAUCCAAACAUCUUUGAAGUCGGAGGAGGAGCAAUUCCGUGCCUACCGAACCGUCAAUCCGCGACAACGCCUCGGGCACCUCUGGGACUUGUUGUACGCGGCGUUCGACUUUCGCCUCGUCGAACGACCAGCGAAUGAACUCCGGUGUUACGGAUGUCUAGAGGCGAAACCGUUGUGGUGUUUCGUGGAGAGGAUGAGCAACCGUGGCACGGGCUUAGGCGCCAAAUUUGCCCAGGACAGAAUGUGCAAGGACUGCAUGCGACGUUAUCGCGAUAUAGAGGGCAGGUGGUACAAGGAGAACUGGGUCAAGAAGAGCGAUAUGGUGCGGAAGGUCAGUAGAGGUCGCCGAAUCCGUCAAUGGGCAUUUGAGGGUCAGAGUCUGGUCAACCCGGAAGAGGAGAUUGGCGUCUGUGCCAAAUGUGGUAGCGGUACGUUCGAAUUGUGGUGGGGGUGCGUUGCAUGCUUUGAACGGGAGGAGAAGCGACGUCAAGAUCAAGAUCUCCAGGAGUUGAAUGGGUUACACCGCAAGAUUGUCAAUGUUGUCGAGGCGUGGCGCAUGCGUGGGGAAAUGAAUGAAAGACAACACCAGGCCGCUGGGGCGCGGAGGACCCGAAAGUGGUUUUUCGUCCCCGGCAUCGCAUGGAAAGGCAGUUUCUCGGAUCGCAAGGCUGCGUUGGUCGAAUGGAAGGACAGCAAGAGCAAAAUCCAUCAUCACAAGCAUUUGUCUGGAGGUCCUGGGCCAGACACAGGACGGCGUGGCUCACAUUGGCGCGCCGUGGAUCAAAUUCCUCUACCCAAGAAUCGACGAGAACUCAGGUGUUCAUCGUGUUGGGUCCCCAACUGUCCUCGUCGGACUUAUCUCCUUGGACUGGCAUACGAAGGGCCGUUGCCUAAAGAACGCUGGUGUGCCGGGUGUCAGCAAGACCAUGAAGUUCGGCAUGCGAGGAAAGAAGAGCGCAAAUUGCGAAAGGCGAGCGCUGAUGCCAAUGCGGAAGGGGUCUUUGGCGACGGGUGGCCCGACGGACUUGAGCUUGGAAGCCUUUUUGACGAGCAAGGAGCUGGUGGGCGUGCUCGGAGUCGGGAUGAUAACUGA